GGCAUCAUGCGUGUCUUUUGGUCUCUUCGAGCGCUCAUUUCCCAAACGGGAAGUCGAGAGCAACGCCGGCGAUCAUGUCUGUGCAAAAGGUCUGGCUGUACCUUUACACGGGCUGGAUGUUCCUCUUCGUGCUGUGCGUGAACGUCGUCCUCCGCGUCUUCCACGUGCUUUCGCCAGCCCUGGCCAAGAAGGUGGUCAUGAAAAUGAACGAAAAUACUUCGAUGAACAAGAAUCCAAAUUUCACCUAUGACGACUGGGGGCCCACGUUCUUCACGUUUAAGUUUGUCAAAACCGCCUUGGAACACAUGUGGGUGUCCCUGGGUCAGAAGGCGUUCGUGGGGGAACCAGCCCCGGACUCGUCCGUGGUCACCAUGGAUAAGCGCGAGAGCAGCAUCUGUAACUUCCUCAAAGGUUCAAGGCCUCUGGUGCUGAACUUUGGAAGUUGCACCUGACCCCCAUUCAUGUUCAAGCUGGACCUGUUCAAGCAGCUCAUCCUGGACUUCGGCGACAUAGCCGACUUUCUUGUCGUGUACAUCGAGGAGGCGCACUCAAGUGAUGGUUGGGCCUUCACCAACAACAUUCAAGUAAGCAAGCACCAGAGCCUGGAGGACAGGAUUGCUGCGGCGCAGAUCCUCUUGAAGGAAGAUCCACUUUGUCCCGUGGUGGUGGACCAAAUGAGCAACACGGCCUCCGCUGAGUACGGCGCGCUGCCCGAGAGGCUCUACGUGCUCCACAAAGGCAAAGUCCUCUACAAGGGGGGCAUGGGGCCUUGGGGCUACAAACCACAGGAGGUCCGCUUGGUCUUGGAGAAGCUCAAGUAGGAAGGAAGACAAGUAGACUCGUUUUUUAUUCAAGAGCCACUAAUACUUACUAAACACCAUUUUCUCAUUGAGCUUGUUCGUCUUUGCCCAUCUGAUGCGCUGCCCCUGGCAACACACACAUACACACACUUGCGUGACGUCUGAACUUCAUCUCAACUGGUCUGUGUUUCUUGGUGACGGCUACAGAGCAAACCUUCCGGUCUCUGUGGCCUGAUAAAAUGAAAUGUAAACUUUUGAGAUGAACUCUCAGCUGUGACCAAGUGAUUUAAAGCGAUCGAUAAAUCGAUCGGAUUUGAACUCGGUUGUUAUUACCAUGAGCGAUUUUGGAAAUUGGCCUCAGUGAUUUUAACAGUAAGGACUGCAAUUAUCAUCAAAACAGACGAUUACAUGACGAUUACGGCACAAACCUCCGGUCGCUGUAAUUUGAAGGCUUCCAAGUUGCCUCGUCUGUGACCCAUAUUUCUUCUAUUACAGUCUCGCAAUAAAAGCUUCUGUUUCCAGUUUCAUUUGCGGCUCAGUUUUGUUUCAUUUUAAUCGAGCACGGGAGGUUUUGAAAUUCAUGUUUGUAAAAUUGACAUGUCCGCUUGAAUGAGUUCUGUAUAAUCCAAAAAUGCAUUUAUAGCUCAAAGCUGAUCAAAGGAGUCUUUUUGAAUUUUGACACUCUUCCCUGAGCUAAUACGGCUUACGAUAAGCCUUUUUAGAGCUGGAAAAAAAAAACAUGACCAGAAAUGAUGGAAAAAAAAUAAAUGCUAAUAAUUAGCUUAUGUUCCUUAAACACGGCAUAGCUAGACAAAAGGAAAAGGCAAGUCAAAGCAGGCGUGCAGCGCCAACGACCUCGCCGGGUCAGCAGGUUCAUCGAGUUUCUCAUGUGGCUCACAAACUCCUCUGAGUAAUUGAGAACUUGAUAUUUUACUCUAACUUGCGGUCCUUGUAUAGUUUUACUACCCUUACUAUAAUGAAUCUGUUCUUGGCAGAGGUGGAAUUGGAUUUGGAACAUGAUUUACACGGCAAAUAAAAACUUUCUAACUGUGCUAUCGGUAUCUGUUGCCCGAGGCUAAAUGGUUGCGACUGUUCGAUACGCUGGAGUGGAAAAUCCCUGUUUUUCCCAACAGCAUCGUUUCCUGUAUUGACAUUACAGUGACAUGUCGUUCUCCAGCUUUUGUUUACUGUCUGGAGACAAUCUGAUCUGUGUACCAUAUGGGUCAUGCAGUUUGAGGAAUGUGAUGCAAUCCGAGUCGCCGCAUAUUAUCACUGUCCAAUAAAAAGCAACGAUUCAA